UCGUUGCUUCGGGAAGGAUAGGACGCGAACCUUUCAUUCGGCUCGUGCUGUGUACGGUGUUUGAUGAAUUGCGUGGGCUCAAUUUGUAUGCUAUUUUGCGUGCGGAGCCCUGGUUGGGGUUAAAAAAGGAUCAAGUUUGAUUUUUUGUUGCAAAAACAAGUAGGCAGGUGAAAGCAGACGGAGGGGCUCAUCAAUCAAUCAAAGCAAACGGACUCUUUUUCGCCGUGAUAGCCGGACGAACAUGCUGGUGUAUUACUGGGCAGAAACUGUGAAACGAUAGUGAGCAAAAGGAUUGCAGUUAAAAUCAACCUCACAGCGAAUGGUUUGCCAGCGCCCAGGGACAAGCAAAUCAUAUCGUUUCUGCAGUUAGUGAUAUACAUUGGACGAUGGUGUAAAAAUCGAACAGGAAACGUGGAUCAAAGUGAGCGUUCGUUCCGCCAUCCACAGAAUCAUUUUUCGUGUUGCUAUAGUCAUCAUAGAACUAGUUGCCAGCUGUCUACUGUUCGGACAAGUCCCCAGUGCCCGAUAAGAGAGCUAACGGUGAGCCAACCAUCAGAAUGAAAUAGAAGCAGAUUAGAGUGAAAUUGUCGAGGCUCGUGCCCUUCGUUCUGUUUUUUUUUCGGUUCCACCACUUAUACAUUUCGCUCAAAACCAACAGAACUUCUCGUUCCAGUGCGGUUAACCCCAACGAGGUCUCCACCCCGGAACUGGUAGACCUACUUUCCUGCACACGGUGACCGAAUAUGUGCGGUGCAAAGCAAAACUGUAAAUAAAUCGAUGUGGUUACACGUCUAGGACCCGGUGGCAGGUGGAUUUUUUGCUAUGCUCUACCAUUGUUGGCAAAUUGGAAUAAUAAUCGGUUUUACAAGCUGGCCAAGCAGUCAAGUUCUGGAGGAUCGGUGGCGAGUGCUUUCACACAGGGGAGUACAACGACGCGGUUUGUGAGCCGCUUGUUUUUCAUCCGCAAAAAAAAACAACUGAACAAUCUGACUCGUCCCACAGAGCGGCACGAUACAAAUGGCAUUAUUAAUUCCGGAAGUGUUGAUGGAGUGGCAUUCAUUAGUGCUGUGAUUUGCCAAAAACGGUACCACUAAUUAGGGCCCAAUCGAGUGAGGUGAACAAUAGGGCAAACAAUAAAAGCCAUUUUUGUGCGUUUAUUUAACUUUUUGCUCCAGUGCGUGUAUGCGUGGGUUUGUGACAAAUGCUAUUGAAACGAGUGGGUUAUCAUUAGCAUUCUCGGUAUAGCAACUACAGCGGAAUUGUGGAAUCAAUAAAGCGAAAUUACCGUGCAUCAAAAUAUUCAGCAUCCACACCCAAUUGUCAUGCUGCUCGCAUGAGUAACGUCGAGCCCAGAGCGGAACAACAUACCACAGCUCGUCUGUUCGUGACACAAUUUCCACGUACUCUUUUUCAACCAUCCAGCCCAACCAGAAUAACAUCAUCUCCAGGGUGAAAUUAUUCUUACAUGUGAAAAAAAGCAACCAGCACCGUGUGUCAUACACGGAUUCCAGAUAUUCCAACCCACUGUUAAAGGGACCGCCAUCCACACACAACAACUAGACAUAGCAGAAGAACAAGAGCAGAGGAAUUCUUUGACGAGGUGAGGAUUUUUUCACUCCCCUCACGGCACUCUUGCGCCACACGACAGUCAGAUGCUCUGAAAGGUAUGAGUUAUAGUAUGGGAAAAUAUUAAUAGCACCGAUGGUCGUCACACCCGUCAGAAAGCACAUUAAUUUCCACCAAGCUGACUGUUGAGUAGGACCUGUGCCUUUGCGAACUAGAUUGCUGUCGGUCGCUGGCGGGUUCCUCCCAGGAUCUGUCAGGACCCCUGAGGGGAAAAAAAUUCCAGUGUCUUGGACUAGAAGCGAAGCGAAAAAAGAACUACCGAAGAAGAAGGAUAUUAAAGCUUCCGCGCGAAUCCUUUUCUCACCUUACAAAUAUCCUUAGGUACGUUCAGCGACAAAAAGGUGCGCUUGUUGGAACUCAGCCAAUGUGAUUUAAGCUGAAAGCGGAAGAAAAUUUAAAUUACCUAACACCGUGUAAUGAUAAGUGAUUAUUAAGUGAACGAUCUCAGAUAACACGCUUCUUUCUGGCCCGGCUCUGGGUUGCAUCGCUGAAAAGAAGGCCAAACGACUGCUGAUAGCGGGAAAUAAAUUGCUUUUCGCAGUACCAAGCCCCGGCCGCUGGUUGGCUUUGCAAACGAAGAAAAAUCGCGGGUUUUCAUCGUACUCCGUGUAUGUGUUUGUAAACGCCAAGGAGGGAUAUCUGAGCCUGGCAGUCAUCACCGCUCGAAGAAAGGCUAAUAAAAGAAAAAAAAGUUCGUACAAAAGCAGUGCAAGAAAAAUAAAUUAAAAAUCAUAUUCAUUGAUAAAUUACACUUUGUGUUCCGUUGAGCCUCCUCGGUGUUGAGUGCAGCUCAAGUGAAGGUGGGAUAAAACUUAUUCGCUGACCCAGUUGAAGCCGGUGUAAAUAGAUAAGGACUUAGUUGCGGAAGAAGAAAUACGAGUGGUUUUGCAUUUCUACUCGAAACAGAUGCAUCGGAUGUCGGAUAUAAUCAAGUAAAAGAUUUCUGCCCUGACAUGAGAUCGACAGUACGGUGGUCUUAAACCGAACCAGAUUCUUCUGGAGAAAGUGAAAGCUGAGCUACGCUGCUACCGAUGAUGUCCGUACGGUACCGUUCACAACCGCCUGACAGACAUGAACACUAUCACUAGAUGUCAACCGGGUAUAACAUCUGCCUCACGCACAGACUGCCAACGUAUUGUCACGGAUUUUAAUUAAAACUUUCAUUUUACUCGUCCGGAUUGUCUGGCUCCCUCGACCAGCCAGCAGGAUUGACUUUCCAUCUACCGAAUGACCACCAAUAUUUACAAAAUGAUGACAGGAUUAGUACGACCGGCAGCAGUCAGCUGUCGGAUUAUCAUCUAUUCGACGACGCUGAUUCUGUUGAUGUUCCUGCGGCAAGUGUAUUCGUUCUGUCCAUCGAUAUGUACGUGCGAGGUGGACCCAAAUGCGCGCACGUGGUGCAUCGGAGCUGGGUUGGAUGUGGUCCCAAUUCAACUAAAUCCGGAUGUUCGCUUUAUCAAUCUCACAGCGAAUCACAUAACGAACGUUCAUUUUACUCUGAGCUUUUAUCAUAAGCUGGAAGUGCUCGACAUUUCGUUCAACCGGAUCGAUACGCUAGGAUCAAGAAAUUUCGACACACAGGAAAAUUUAAGAGUGCUGAAUCUUAGUGACAAUGCGAUUGUGAGCAUCCCGAAGGACGCAUUUAAAGGUUUAAAAAGGUUGCAGAUCCUCAAACUGUGCAACAAUCGAAUAGAAACCAUUCAUCCGACGGCAUUCCAUGAUCUACGAAAUCUCAUCGAGUUGGAUUUUGCAAACAAUGCAAUCAUCUCACUCGAUCACGGCGUCUUGCGACAUCUGUACUCUUUGGAGGUAAUCUCCUUCCAGAACAACCAACUCUUGGAGGUACCGUACGAACACAAUCUCGAACAUUUGUUCCGCCUCCAGUCACUCGAUCUGUCAGUCAAUCUAAUAGAGUUCAUCGCAAACGACAGCUUCGUAAGUCUGCGUGAAUUGCGAACACUCAAACUGGGCGGAAAUGUGCUCACCGAACUGGACUACGGUGCAUUCCAUGGUCUGAAUGCACUUCGAGUGCUAGACCUAGCUGACAAUAAUUUUACGGUCGUGCCAACACUACAAUUAUCAAAGCUGUGUAAUCUGACAUAUUUAUCGCUGAGUGGAAACAAUUUCGAUGCACUGCCAGCCGUGGCGUUUCUGAAUCUGUUCCAACUACGCCAGCUACACUUGGACCGAUUGGAUCGGCUAGAACGGAUAGAUGUGAGGGCCUUUGUCGACAACACCAACCUACAAACUCUCACGCUAGACGACAAUCCAUCAUUUGCGAGUCUGCCGCUGCGACUGUUCCAAGGCAACCCGCACCUGGUGGAAAUAUCCAUGCGCCGCAACGUCCUCGUACGAUUGGAAGCGGUACAAUUCCCACUGGAUCGGCUGCAUCGACUGCGGUUGGCAGGAAAUCCACUGGUGUGCAACUGUUCCCUGCUCUGGCUGUGGCGGUUGGUCAGCGAUGCCGAUUCGGAUGAUGAAUUUCUGCUGACUUCGGCGGCUCUCACCAGCGCCAGAGUUGCGAUUGAUGAAGAACCCGCCUCGCAUCCGCUACUGAUCGAUCGGGACGAGCUGGGCUGUGAUCUGUUCGAGGACGGUCGUAAGAUUCGAAGAACGCUCAGAACAAUGACGGAAUCGGACAUGAAUUGUCCAACGCACGUUGUAACUGUGAUUAGUGCCGUGUUCAGUCUCCUGCUUCUGAUGGCUACCGCUGCCAGUGUGCUGUACUUCUUCCGACUGUCGAAACGGCGGAAAAAGUUGCUUCAUGAGCGAAAGAACGCAAACGAUUUGAUUGUGCCACAAAAAGUAGAUAAGUUAGAAUUAGAACGCUAUCUGGCGCAACAGAGCGCAACCAGUGAGUACCGACCAUUACGCGGUGGACCCUGGGAAGUCACACCGAUGCUGAAGGACGAUCAGUUCCAGUAUGGGAACACGAUACACGAACCGGAACACUACGAAAGCUUCGAGUACUAUCAGCAACAACCGGUAAGCAAACAGCAUCAGCAGAAACGGACGCUCGUUGCGAGGCCGCACAUUGUGUACGUAUGACUUUAGACCGGCCGAAAAAUCUGUAGUAGCAGCAUUAGGAAAAAUUUCGGUAGCAACAAUAGGAGCACUAAGAGCAACAGUGUGCGGCCGCUCAUCGUUGAUAGUGCCGUUUGAGGAUAGGUUCUCCUUUUUUUCUCUUUGCGUUCGACUCGUUCCACCCAGGUGAUGAAGGCGGAAUCACAGCUAGGUUUACGGUAAGGGAAAUCAAAUCGCUGUAUAGAUUUACAUAAAAUUAGGUACCCUAGUCCCACUUCCAAAAUUGUAGGUAUUUGUUGGAAAUGUGUAAAUAGAAGGAAAUGUGAAUAAAGCUAGGAUAGUAAAAAGAAGGAUACGUAUAUAUUAUGUAGAAUUGAGAAACAUUAUGAAGACAUGAAUAUUUACAGGAGCUGGGAAAUGUGGGUAUAUUUGAUAUUAGGCAGAUAGGGUAGCAUACAAAAGGAAUAAAUUUGAAUUAUUACUUCUCGCAGGGGAUAACCCGUGACGGAUUGACGGGAUAACGAUUUUUGAUUUUUUCUGUUCGGAAAGGCUGCGCCCAACUACAAUUCACUCGAUUCAUUGAGUUAAUAUGGUUGAAUUCACCAAACUGGGAUUCAUGGUAAUAUGCCUCUAACUUUAGUUUUAAUUUUCAUUCCUCUCCAGAUGAUAACAGGUAGUCAUACCAAUUAAGCUUGAUAACAGAAAAUGGUAGAGUAGAGUGGGGUCAAGCAGGUCAAUAUUUUUGGCGAUCUAGUGCGAUGGCGUUUUUUCACUGAUUCUGACAAAUAAGUACUUGGUGGAAAGGUUAUACAGCUGACAACAUUUUGGCAAUAUUGAUUUUACGUCUGGCUAUAUAUUUUUCAAGCUAAAUCCAAUAAGGCGAAGGUACUUUUUUCCACGUUUUUGUAAAUCUGGGGGUAGAAUAGGUCACUAUAUUCGUGGUUUAAUAAAGCAAAUUACACGCCUGGAAAAUAAGCAAUUCAACUUUUAUUUGGAGAGUGUGAAUACUGCAGAUUAUUUAAAAAUUAAUAACAGAUGGAAAUGGAACCUAUUGACGUCAUUCAAGUAAGACAAUGAGGAAGUGGCAAAUGAUGUGAAAAAACAUGAAACCGUGAAAGGAAAUUUAACAAAAUAAGUGUUUUUCAAUAGCUGCGUCUGGUUUUAUACUUUCAAAUGACUUCAUCGAUACCCUCGUCGUCGUCAUAGUGUGGAAUGGAAGUUGUGCAUUCUGGCUCACAUGAUUGCUGUUGGAUGACCACGUUAGCGCUUCGGAGUAUUUUUUUAUUUCUUUUUUUCCUUUUACGAUCAUAUUUUUUCGAUUAUCUACUUUAACAACACCUUAAAUUAUUAUAUUGUUAACUCACGCGAGAUAUCUGACGCGCUUUCAUUGACGACGAUCACUUUCCUUUCAUAAGAACACGCAAUAUCGUAAUCGUUUUCUUACUUUUUUCCCUCUUCUUAAUUUAAAGGUAACAAUAUGUUUAUUAGUCGCAGUUUUGACAUGUUUUGGAAAUUUCUGGACUUGGGUAAUGCUUGCACCCGUGCUUGAUUGUAUUCACCAGAUCCGAUCAUUUGAUUGAAGUUUUACCUUACGAAAUUUAUUCAAAAACUUGUCCUUAUACAUGAACACACAAAGUUAGAACUAGUAGCCGCAAGAUUGCAACCGUUCCAGGUUCAUUUUUGGAGAAAAACAGUAAUCCCCAUUUGAUCAAUUCAGUAGCUAAAGACUUUAUGAACUAAAGCCCUAGAAUCAAAAGUUACCAAAAAUAACUGAGAUAAAAAUUAAUCUGAGAAGUACAUUCUUAUUCGUAGAGUAUUCUUUAUUUGCGAUUUUUAUAAAACAAACAUGAAAUUUCUCCGAUUGCGAAAGCAAUCUAUUUACUAUUCCCGAUUUUUCAGCAUAGUUCUAUGGACAGAGUAUACUUCCAAGGGCUAUUCUAGUCGCUAAGUCCUCCAUGUCUUCUAUUUGGGACUGUUAAAUAUCCUAAUAUCUACAGAAACUUUAAAUAGAUGAAAGGAAUAUUUGUGACCAGAUAACGAUGGUUCGAGCUCGUACAAAUCAAGUCAGUUCAACAAUUCGAACGAUAUUCUGUAGGAGCAGAGGGUUACCAUAUUCAAAAAAAAUUAAACCACUCUCGUAGCAAAAUGAGUUAAUGUUUAUUAUUUUUGACACAAUCGUUCAAAGAUACGAUUUUAUUUGCAUGUUUUAUUUUUUAUGCACUAGAUCAUCAGAUGCAUUACAAAAAUAUUUACAUUUUUCUUUUUGUGAGGUUUUAUUCUAUUAAACAUAGUAGUAAACAAUGAAACGGCACAAAAAAGUAUAUCCACCCUAAUAUACUUAGUCACUUUUAGGCGUACAUGUAUACAAAUUAUUGUUAUUUUAUUCAAUAUAGACAUUUUACAUAAUAGUUAUAUCAUCACUGAGAUUGUAUAAACACAUCAAAUUGAUUCAAAUUUCAGCACAAAAUACUUGUGCUAGUGUCCAGCACAAGGUCCAAGCUAGUGAUCGCAUGCCGAGCCCAAAUCGUUCAACUAAGCAUUAUCAACAGUAUCUAGCUUAUCUGGGUGCCCGAACAGUCCGAUAUUACUGGAAAUGAAUGGGCUGACGAAUUGGUCAGGGCAGAUGCAGCUGUUGACUUCGUUGGUCCUGAGCCCGCCUUGCCAAGUUGCGCUACUGAAUGUUGAAAAUGAAUGCGGCUGAAUACGAUCAAUUUUCAUUCAAUGAAUUUGAAUAUUUGUAACUCUGGCUGUAACACACGCUGAUUUGAAUCUGUCGGCAGCAAUUUACGAAAAACUGACAGCGAUAAAAAAUACAAUGAAAAUAAUACACUCUAAACUACUUCUACUCAAAUUUUCAAGAGAGAAUACCCAAUGGGUUAUUUUCUACAGCGUUUUUCCCGUGAUGCAAUUUGAUGUGGGGCACCCUUUAAUAGCGUUUUCUCCAAACCACGUUUUUCAAUUUGGCGAACACGACAACUCAUAAACUAAUCAACGAAUCGACUUGAUUUUGAAUGCAUAAUAUGUGUAGCCUGUCGAUGAAGAACAGAAAACUGAAUAAUUUUUUUUCUAUUAUUUUGCAGAAAAAUUAGCGAAUUUUACAUUACAAUAUGAAAUUCAUCGAGUAACUAAAAGUCUAAGCUUUACAAAUCUCAUUGAAUUUUCUGUGCCAGACAAUUUUAUCGAGAGUUAUCGUAUUCCCCGCGCUCUCUUCGACGUAGAAAUGGUUGGACGUAUACUCUUGGAAUGCUCAUCGAAAAUAUUUUUUUUCUUAGACUAUGAAUCUAUAAAUAAAUCAUAACGUUACACAAAAGAUUCAUUGAUGCCUUGCCUUCAAAAUUGUAUAACAAAAUAAAUUGCGGUCACGCAAUCUUUCAUUCAUAUUCUACAAAUGUCAUAUCAUCUUUGGAAAUGCAAUUGCAAUACAUCUAUUGUUGAAAAUUUUGGAUUGAGACUUUGUGGUUUGAUGAUUUAUCAUUUUAACCCUAGAACGUUGCACUUGCGUUUUCCACCCUAGAACGUUGCACUGGGGUACAAACGUACCCCACGCAUUUGAUCGUAUUUUUUGCAGGUAAAAAUGCAAUCAAAGUAAAUGUAUAAUGCAUUAUUUUCUUCGAUUUUAAUGGCCAAAACAGCUGUGUAAGUAAAAUGACGGAAUUUAUCGAAUCAGUGAUACAAAAAUUGGUUUAAGCUAAAAAAAGAAAGAAAAUGUCGCGGUUUUGACUUUUUUAACAAAAAUUACUAUAACUCUGCGCAUUUUCAACCGAUUUAAAAAAAAUCAAAUUAUUCUAAAAGUUGAAAGAAUGGAAAUUCAAUAUUUUUGAAAAAGUGCAAUUAUUUGGAAGAGGGAAGAUUAAAAAUCGGGUUUUGGAAAAUACCACUAAAUGGGGUGGAAAUUGAAAUGAAAAAAAUAUUUCUGGCCAGUAAUACAUUGGUAACACGUAACGUUACUGUUACAGCAGUAACUGUGCGCAAAUUAUACUUGCGAGCCAUUAUUUUGAAAAAUUAUAAAAAUAAACAGUAAAAAUCAGCAAAAAUGAGAACAUUUUUUUUCUACUUCAAAGUUAAAUUAAAUUAAUUGAAUAAUUGAAUAAACGAUUAUAUAAUACCACUAAGAACUGACACACAAGUAAAGUUUUCAACUUGUGUAAGAAAUUAAACUGUCGCUAUGAAAUGACAACAGCAAGUAGCAACUUGCCGCUGGUCGGCGCUUCGAUCGGCCAGCAAUCUCUAUACGGGACUUGUAUGUAAACUUGGAUACAAUGGUGACUCACCGAUGCGAACCUGUAUGCGAUGGUGAUUUUCAACGUAUUUUCAUGUAAAUGUUUACACAGGUUUUUCGGGAAAGUUUGUUCUAGCUUAUAUGUCUGUUCUCUGUGAUAAUACUAACUGCUACUUACGUAGUAAAACAACCAGUAUUUAAACUGAUAUUGUCACGAGUCACAUUUCCACUGACAGCACGAAACCUGACGAAACGCUUACGGCAAUGGUACACUGGGGUACAAAUGCACCCCACGCCAACCUUGACACCUGCUUCCACGAAGGCUAUAAGCAAACUGGCUAUACCAUCUUUUGCUACUCUUACUAGAAACUCUAAAUUGAAGUAUGGUUAGGGUCCCAGGUCGGUAAAUGCCGCAUUCUCGUCUUCACACGGCUCCAAAGAAGGCGUGGGGUACAUUUGUACCCCAGUGCAACGUUCUAGGGUUAAUCACGGGAUUUUGAUUUGCCUUUUAUUUUGGAAUCCUGCGCUUGACAGAAUCACUUUGUUUCCAUUCAUCUUUCGUGUAUAAUGUGAUAAGGUUCGGAAUCUAGAACCAUGUUUUUUCUCCAUAAAUAUUCAUGAUUUUUCCAAUUUAAUUGUUGGCCUUGCUUGCGACAUCUCGCACGGAAAGGUUGAGAUUCCUCUUAAAACAGCUGGCCACUCUUUUUGUAAUUUUUGCGGCGUCCGGAUUUCGAUUUUCUCCCAAUUCAGUAUUCCUGGCUGUCGACAAACGUAUUUCGCACACUUUUAUUUUGUUAAUGACAGAUGAUUUAGCUAUAUUCAACAAUUUUGUCAACUUGGCGUGCGGGUAGUUCGAAUUUUCGCGAUGCGUGAGCAAAAUUUUACUCCCUUGCUCCUCUUGUUUCGUGGUCAUUUUCACGAUCGAAGAGCAAAUGUCCAAAUCAACCAGUAUGUAUCAUGCACACAUACAUUAAUAAAAUGAGAAAUUCGCAUGUUUUAAUGCACGAUGACAAAAAUACAUUAAGUUGAAGUUGUCCAAUUUUUGAUCACCGUACACGUACUGUGAAUAAUGUGGUGGAAUAUUGAUGAUAUUGAUGUUCAUUAAAUUAACUCAAAAUGCUGAUAAUGCUGAAAAACCAUACUAUUAAUAGAUUUGUAUUCAUUGACGGAUGAUGGUAAUCAAACGGUAAUUUUUAAUGCAACCGUGGACGUACACUACCCGUCGUAAGUCUGGAAUCGUUCCAAUAAGUAUUGCAACACCCCCCAAAAAGUUUUGCAUCAUCUAGGAAAGGGUCAAUCCAUGAGGCUGUAUCUCGAAAUCCUGAAUGUCUACAUAUUUGCUUUCUUCAGGAAAGAUGUUCUUUAAGUCAGUUAAGGAUUAAGCAUGUGAACAUUUUAGUUUGGAAUUAUGUCACUGUAUGUCGCUAGUGUACAUGUUAAGUUGUGCACUUUUUUCACAUUUUUCUAACGACCUAGAAGGCUCGUGUCUUCUAAAAUUCCAUCCAAACGAUUAUAACCAUGCACAUUACAAUCGUUUUAAUUUGGAACUCUGUCACCAUGUGGCGCUAGUGUACAUACACUACCUGUCAAAAAUGUGAAAUCGUUUCAAUAAAUAUUGCAACACCCCCGGAAAAGUUUAGUAUCACCUAGAAAAGGGUAAAUUCAUGAUGCGGUAUCUCGAAAUUCUGAUUAGUUACAUAUUUACUUUCAUCUGCGGGGUUGUAUUUCAGUCCAAGGGGUCUGGUAGGUAAACAUUUUAGUUCAGGGUUACGUCACCGGAUGACGCUGGUGUAUGUGUGAAGUAGUGGUUUUUAACUUGUUCCAUCUCGUUUUUUCUAAAAGCCUACAUUGUUAGACUGUGGGCUUGAAAAAUACUGCUAUGCGUUCCACUCUACAUAUGGCAAAAUAUUUAGGAUUGGGUUCUGAUUUUUUGUAAUAUAUUCUUAGAUUGUUUAUUUUUGAAAUAAACAAUUAGAAAUUUUUUUUUUCAUCUUGUGAAGCAGCUCACAUCCUUGAGCGUACUCCACUCGAGACAAGAAUAAUGUCAAUAAUUGACAUUGACAAAACUGUUUCAAUACGUCAAUGCUAACAUAUUAAUCAAUAAUCGGAUUAUUGUGAUAGAAUAUUUGCUAAAUGUUUUUUUUCUAUGCAGUAGCCGUGCAUACAAAUGAUUUUCACUAUAUUUUUUGCCUUUCUCAUAUAGAAAGGUUAUGCAAUCACUCUGAAAAACGUCAACCUAAUCCCGGCCCGGAGGGCCGAGUGUCAUAUCCCAUUCGACUCAGUUCGUCGAGAUCGGAAAAAGUCUGUAUGUGUGUGUGUAUGUGUGUAUGUAUGUGUGUGUAUGUGUGUGUAUGUGUGUGUGUGUGUAUGUAUGUGCGUAUGUGUCAAAUAA